UGCGUCUCUUUGGACUCACUGAAGGACUGCUCCCGCCGUUUGCUGCUUCGCUUCACCUUUCGCCUGGCGGGACAGGGCCAGGCCAGCCAGAAUCUGGGGAGAUAGGCGAGCUUGCGCUGGGGCCCAGACAUGUGCCCGCAGACAGCCGCCCCAACCGCUUCUCGGGCCCUAAGGGAUCACAACGUCUAUCGGUUCCUUACCCGCAGGGCCCACGGCUUUUUUGCCAGAGACGCUGGUGUCAGCCACAGGAAAAACCUGGGACUCCUGAGAAAGAUAAUAUGUCAGGAAAGUACUGAAUUCAAGAAUGUUUGGACUACUCAUUCUGCAUCUCCUAUUGCAUAUGAAAGAGGAAGAAUUUACUUAGACAAUUACCAGUGCUGCAUUAGCAGCAUUGCACAAGAACCAAGAAUACUUUAUCAAAAGCCAAAGUGUUCUAAGUCAGAAAAAAUAGAAGAUGCUUUAUUGUUGGAAUGCCCAUUGGGGGAAAUGCUGCCAAGUCCAUCAGACUAUAAAUCUUCCCUCAUAGUCUUGACAGUGCGGAACUGGCUUCUACGUCUCUCUGCUGAUAGUGGAGAAAUACUGCAAAAGAUAUACCUUGCUGAUUCCUAUUGUAAAUUCAGAUAUCUGAGCUGGGAUACUCCUCAAGAGGUAAUGGUUGUGAAGUCAGCUCAGAAUAAGCUUCCUGCAGCAGCACGGCAGGCAGGUAUCCAAGAGUCUGUAUUGUUCUAUCUCGCUGUAUUCCAAGUUUUGCCUCUUUCUUUCAUUGGAAUGCUAGAAAUAAACAAAAAGAUAUUUGGUAAUAGUGUGACAGAUGUUGCUGUCUCUAAUGGGAUCCUGAUUGUAAUGUAUAGCAUGGGUCUGGUUAGGCUCUAUAACUUCCAGACCAUCUUGGAACAGUUCAUGGAACAGCCAUUUGAUUUGGGACAUGAAUUCAAUUGGAAUGGUCAAGCAGGAGUCGUAGGAAAGUAUCCUUUUGGUCUUCCACAUAACAUUAAAAUAACAGGUACCCCACCUUUGCUAUUUGAAGCAUCUUCUCUGGAGAAUGCAUUUCAAAUUGGAGGUUACCCAUGGCAUUAUAUCAUCACACCUAACAAGAAGAAACAUAAAGGGAUCUUCCAUAUUUGUUCUCUGAAAGACAAUGCUUUGGCAAAAAAUGGCAUACAGGAGAUGAAAUGCUGUUCACUGGAACCAGAUUGGAUAUAUUUCCAUCCAGAUAUGUCAGGCAGAAUAAUCCAUGUGGGACCAAAUUUGAUAAAAGUGUUGAAGCUUAAGGAAGAUAUAAAUAAUACAGAACAAAUGGAGGUUGCAGAAGAUUUUACAAUAGUGACUAACAGAGAAAACUGUGUGAACAACACUGUUACUGUAACAGCUUCUGGUCGAGUGGUGAAAAAGCGUUUUAACUUGCUGGAUGAUGACCCAGAACAAGAGACAUUCAAAAUUGUGGAUUAUGAAGAUGAAUUGGAUUUGUUAUCCACUGUGGCAGUUACUCAAAUAGGAGCUGAUGGAAGAGCUCACCUUGACAUUCAUUGUAAUGAACAUGGGAUUCUACUUAAGAGUAUUCCAUUUCUGGAGUCCUGGGAUGUGACUUACAGUCAUGAAGUUUACUUUGACAAAGACCUUGUAUUACAUAUAGAACAGAAGCCUAACAGGAGGUUCAGUUGUUAUGUUUACCAAAUGGUCUGCGGUACUGCAAAAGAUGAUGAAUGUUCAAGCCAUGAAAAAACAGAAAGAGUGUUUUGUAAAAAAGGAGGGAGAAUUUUUGAAUAUAUUUAAGACAUAAGAACUACAGAGAUUUCAAUUGGGGUGUUAUUUAGGGACUUCAUACAUAUGAAUUAGUCAACUACUGUUUUUCAGGCAGGAUUUAAUAAUAUAUAUUUUCUACUACUACAUGAGGUUUUAUUUCUUUUUUACUCUGUAACAUUGUACAUUUGUCUGUAGUCCAUAAUGGCUUUUUAUGUAUUUACCUUUUCAUCACUAAUGCUAGAUGCAGCAUCUGUUUCUCUAGCAACUGGACAUCAAGGAGAAAGAUGUGAACCUAAUCAUUUGCCAUAAGCUGCAGUCUGUCUUAUGUAGUUUUACCCAUGCAACUUUGAUACAGACUGUUAUUAAACAAAGUAUUUAAAACUGUAAAGAAUAAAUUUUAUAUGUUGUAUGAAAAUGGCACCACUUGAACAAAAUCCUUCUGUUGGUUUUGUGUGA